CCUCUCCACUCUCUCCUUUCACCGACGGCAAUGAGGCCACUCAAACCUCUCCUUGAUAGCAGGUUUUUUGUGCAAGGAGGAUUUUGGUUUUGCUUGGAUUUUGGGGUUUCGUUUGCUUUAGGCAGUUUUCCUGCAGAUUCAUCGAGUCUUGGCGGCGAGAAGGGGAACAUACACAGAGGGAUGAUGAUGGCGGUGACCGAGUUUUUGGCCAUGGAAGAUUUCGAUCUGAUGGUGGAAGCGGUGGGGGUCGAGGAAAAAGAGUGAUGUAUCUUAGCUUACCAAUUAGUUUUGCUUUGGACUGCGAGGCGACAUGGCUAUCUUGCCCUGUCAACGAUGGGUGAGGAGGAAGGGGUUUGGUUGGCUUCGGCAGGGGCUUGCGUUUCUCGGUGGGAUUGCUUGAAUCGGAUUUUUCGGUGAUUGGAUGGAAUUGAGAUUCUAAGGGGAUUAUACUUUCCUGAAAAAUCAGGAUUUGCUCCAUUUGAAUUUAAAUUGAAUUUCUGUUACUUCUCAUGCCAGAUGGCAUCAAUAACUGGGUAGGAAAUUU